AUGUGUGUGUCAGCUCAAGCGGGAUGCAGAUGUCCUCAAGUUCGUUCAGAAUGGUUGAGGGAAUGCCGGCAACAGGGCCGUGCUGUGGCCCCUGAAGCCUUCCCAGCUGACUUCACUCUGUCGAGUCCUCGCAAGUCGAUGGCACCGAGGAAGUCUGAAGGCUCUUGUGAAGGUGUGACGUGGGACAACAACACUAGGGGUAAACUGGAUAAGGCGGCAGCAGCAGCGAAGAGAAGUGGAAUUGAUGCUUCUUCUAAUGGUGGAUGA